AUGCUGGAAAAGAAUCUCACUAGGGCCAUGGACUGCAACUGGCCAAGCUACGCAGAGUUCUUUGAGACGACGAUGAGGGUGGACAAGCAGUAUGACAUCAAUAAAGCGCUGCGGGCUGCUGGAAUCGAUCUCCAGAAAGAGAUCCGUGUGAAGAGUUCUGAUAUUGAGACCGCCCUCACCAAUGCAUUUGGCGAAGCACCCGUACUGCAAUGUGGCGAGAACAAUGACUUCAACGACAUCCUGGAGGAGAUCUGGCUGUGCCUCAACGAGGAUAUGGAGAUCCAGGAGUGCCCCCCGUCCACAGCUUACAGCACUUGUGACGACUAUGUCUUCUUCGAAAGGGGUGCCAAGGUGGGCAGAUUCCCCCAAAACGCGGUGCUGGCCAAGCAGCCGUUCCAGAGCAUGGAAAAGCUCAUCGAGGGUGCUCGCUCAGCCUGGUGGAAUGAGACCCCCAUCACGGGCUGGCUGGAGGCCUUCGCCGCGCACCCCCGCCUGGGGGAUAGGCGCGGCCUGGCUCAGAGGUCUGGCGCCUUCUCUGACCUGAGCCGCGACGAGCAGUCCUCGGCCGCCGGCGCGGCGGAGGCCACCCUGGCCGCGCUGGCCGACUGGAACGCGCGGUACGAGGCCCGCUUCGGCCACAUCUUCAUCGCCUGCGCGGCAGGCACGCCCGCCGACCGCAUGCUGGCCAUGGUGAAGCAGAGGUGA